AUGUCCAGCAGUACCAAAGAGUAUUUCUGGACUUGCUGCCUGGGCGCCACUCGCCGACUAAGGGGGGGUGGUAAGAGUCCCGCCGAGGUGGUCCGUCAUGUGAGCGACGACGUCCUCCGGUCUUUGAUUCCGGACUGCAAGCACGUCGGGGCCGGCCGAGCGGACACCUCAGAACACCGCAGAGCCGACGGGGCGGAUUUGGCCACACCCACAUCCCACGUUGUUCCACGCUUUCCACCCAGCAGGCUGGAGCAGGGCGAGGGUGUAGUCCACGAGGUGAUAUCCAGUUCAACAGCAUCCGGAAUAGCGCUGUCAGUUCCUCCACUUCGGCGUAAGCAACCGCACGUCUUGGUCAGAAAGAGUCGAAGUGGCCACACGCUACCUAUUGCCCCGAUAUCGAUUCGCUCCGUAGGAGUCAAAAAUAACCACGUAUGGAAGCUGAGUCAACAUCGAAUCGCUGUGAAAGGCGUCAUGGACGUAGGCAACACCGGUUGA